AUGCUAGAACAAUGCCGAAUGGACGUGCGGUUCCAUCUGGAAGGAACGCCGUACGUUGCCGAUGACACGAUAGGCACUGGCGCCUAUGGAGUUGUCUGCAAAGCAAAACACUUGGGCCGUGAUAUUUACAUGGUGAUGGACCUCAUGGAAACUGAUCUGCAUCAGAUCAUUCACAGUCGCCAAGCGCUCUAUUUGCACUCAGUUGGAAUUGUGCAUCGAGAUUUGAAGCCAUCGAAUCUCUUGGUGAACGGUGAUUGCCUGCUCCGGAUCGCUAACAUGCAGAAUUCAUACCAACACAACUUCGAAGACCUCAAAAAUGUUUACUGUUUGCAGCAGUAUGUCGCUACGAGGUGGUAUCGCGCGCCCGAACUCCUCUUUUCAAUGAUCGACUACGAUACCAAGGUAGACAUGUGGUCAGCGGGUUGCAUAUUCGCCGAGAUGAUCAUGCGACGGCAGAUCUUUCCUGGUAAAGAUGGGGUGUCGCAAGUGAAAAUGAUCGUCUACUACUUGGGAACUCCAGAAGAGCGUGUGAGUGACGAGAAAAAUAGUCAAUGCAUAUCUUCUAAGAAUGUUCACAUCUCUUCCUCCAUACAGGUGAUGUCGCAAAUCACGUCCGACAUUGUGCUCGGGUGGAUAGAAAGUUGUGGCAAGAAGGAGCCACUCCCAUGGUCGGCGAUCCUCCCAAAGGCUAGCGCUGAAGCUUUGGAAGUGAUCGACAAGUUACUCCAAAUCUCACCAUGGAAUCGGUCGAAUGCUGAAGAGGUGCUCUCGCUGCCGUACCUCGCAACAUAUCAUGAUCCAGCAUUCGAACCUACAUGCCCCCUA